UUAGUGGUUUGUGCCAAGCCAUUCAGAGGCUUAGGGGAAGAAGCUGAGAGGGAGGCCAAGGGCAUGGAGGGCAAAGGCUCUGUCUAUUGAGUUCGUGAGAGAGAUGCUAGCAGAUGAGGGGAUCAAGGAAGGCAACCUCAUGGUGGCUUUUGUUGGUUCUCCUAUCCCCUCCCCAACUUAUCCUGCUGCUACUGCAUCCUCCAGCCUGUCCUCCUCCACCUCUUCCUCCUCCCCCACAGCCUCCCCACUCCUUUCCUUCCCUACAUUGCUUGGGAUGCAUGUGCUAACAGCAUGCUAUUUGUGCACAGGCCUGGCAUCCAUUCAUGUGACCAUCCAUCCCCUCCCUUUGCUUUUCCUUGUGUACAGGGGCUAAAUGAAGAUUCUCAGGCAGACGGGGUGGCCCUCGGGCAGUUCACCUACGAUAACGCUGGCGAGGCCAUUCAGACCUUCCACUUGGAGGGCAACGACACAGCCCCAUACCAGCUGGUAGAGCUGCGAAUCCUCAGCAACUGGGGUCACCCUGACUAUACGUGCAUUUACCGCUUCAGGGUCCAUGGGAAGCCUGCCACUUAGCCCCGCCCCAGCCUGCUGCCUUCACCCCUUCCUCCUUCAGCCGCCACAAAGCAGCUCUCUCACCUCCUCCUCCCUGCCCCCGCUUAAUCUCUUCUGCCCACUGUGCCUUCUGGGACAGAGACAAAACCUCCGUGGAGCCCUCUUGCCCCACCAGGCCCACUCAGAGAUGGAGAAGACAACCGGCUGAGCCUUUGCUUCUCACAAGGCCAACAACCGGCAUUUGGGGGAAGUUUUCACCCAAGAUCACCUGCAGUGGCAUUUAGAAACAGCUCGUCACCAUGGCUUGUAGCCAUAGCUAGUUGGCCCCUUGUACCCACUGGGGUUUCAUUUGCACUGCAGUGGAAGUUAGUACU